UGGUACCGUUGGCUGCGGUGAUGAUGUGGUGCUGAUGGACAGGUGGGUGGAGUCGUGGUCGAGUCAGAUCGCCACAGCACUGGCGCUGGUGUUGGUUCUGUGCGGACUGUUGACUGCCAUCAGUCCCUUUGCCAUUCAUUGCAUUCUUCCGGGACUCAUGCAACUAGUGGCGGCGGCCGUCAUCCUCAGCAUCGAAGCGCCUUCUUUCGUGGCGUUCCUGUCGUUCGCGAGAGGCGUCGGCCGGUUCAUCGAAGGGAAGCCCUACUGGUUUAAGACAUCCAUUUAUGCCGUGGUAACUCUGGUGCCAUUCAUAGUGGGCGUGUCGAUGGGCUGUUUCGGUCCGGCUUUCAUUCUCGGCUUUUUGGCCUCUUUGGGAAUCACAGCCCUCUUUGGACUCCUGGUGUUGGGC